UCCGGUGUCGUGCCUCUCUGUCAGGGCGGGCGUCUUACCUUGCCGGCAGGGGGCUAGGCUGCGGAGCCUCCCGGUUGCUAGGCAACGGCCCCUCGGGGACGGAGCGAUUCCCGAGCGGCCGGCUGCUCGAUUAGCUGGGCCUGGAGGGCCCCGCGCGACGCUGGCGGACAACUACUAUUAUUUACACAGUGGCAUCAGUCAUAGACCCCAGCUGGAGCACCAUUGUGCGAGGUAUUGUAUAACCAUCAAAUAGAAAGAUGUUCCAGGCCCCGAUCACUUACAGUCCAAGUAAAAGACAAACCACAACUGGUGGCCAUGACAAAUAAAAAGAAGGCAAGAGUAGCAUCCAUUGGCCCCAAUCUGCAUUGAGCCCUAUUAUGCUGGACUGUGUGUAAAUGCAAAUGGAUUGUACUGUCAUAGAGGGGCUGGUGCCAGUUAUGGAAUGAGGUCUCAGGAUGGAUUUUUUAUCUCUCUUCAUAAUUUAUCUGCUAUUAGUUCUGGCUAGUAUUGUUUUAGUCUGCAUCUAUUCAGGAAGGAAAGAGAGUUUUCCUGCAAGAGGCCUCAGUUGUAUAACUCAGAUAUCUUCAUUUAUAAUCCCAACAUGGCUUCAAAGACCAACACAGAGGAUGCUUCACAGGCUCUUCCAUACACGAAGCUGCCUGUUCAUUGUCCUGCACUUAGCCUUACAAGUGACAAUUUUUGGUGAAUACAGUUGGGAAAUAUUUGGCUACUGCCAAGAGCUGGAGUUUGACACUCAUUACCUUCUGCUGCCAUAUGUGCUGCUGGCUGUGAAUAUGGGCUUUUUCAUUCUGUGCUCUGUGACCAACCCUGGUACAGUAACGCAAUCAAAUCAGGAGUCAUUUCUUAAGGCUUACGCAUAUGAUGGAGUAAUGUUUCAAAAGAACAUCAUGUGUCCUACCUGCAACGUGGAAAAGCCAGCCAGAUCUAAACACUGCAGUGUAUGUAACAGUUGUGUACAUCGUUUUGAUCACCACUGCGUGUGGGUUAACAACUGCAUUGGUGCCUUCAAUAUAAGAUAUUUCCUCCUUUACCUCUUCACUGUGACUGCCCUGGCUGCAGACCUUGCAUUCGUAACAGCAGCAUUUCUGAUCCAAGUCGUACUGCUAUCUAAUAUGAUGCUUGGAAGUUACAUUGACGAUCAGGGGCAAGAGCAUGCCAUUGAUAUUCUCUUUCUUAUUCAGCACCUGUUCCUGACAUUUCCUAGGAUUGUCUUCAUGCUUGGUUUUGUUGUUGUCCUCUCUCUGGUCCUGGGGGCAUAUUGUUGUUUCAGUCUGUACCUGGCCUUAACUAACCAAACAUCCAAUGAAUGGUAUAAAUCUAGAAGAUAUGAAUGUUCUUGCUGUCGGGCAUUGGAGCCCCAUGACAGGCAUAUUGUUUAUAGAAAUGUUUAUUCUCAAGGAGUCUGGGUCAAUUUAAAGGAAAUCUUUAAACCUACAAGUUCAGAGAAAAAGAAAAAGACGUGAGGAAAUGGCUAUAUACUUUUAAAUCAGUGUUAAAUUUUUCCUGAAGGAUAUAGCUCCAACAGCUUUGUCAGUACCAAGGACUCUGGAAAGGAUAUUGUGGUUUUCGUUAAGUACUGUAGCUACAGGGCUUUUAUCCUAAAUUGAUUUAGGUGUAAAAUAUAUUUUUAUAAAACUGUU